AAAUUUUACUGAAGAGCUGAACCGACUUGCACAAACAUGUUUCUUGCAAUUUGUUGUUUGAUCUUAUUCUGUCCAGGAGUGCUUCAAGCAUCUCUCGAGAAAAGAAGUAUCCACAAACGUGAUGCUGGAUAUUGCUCCGGCAAUUUGUGCUACAAGAUGGACACCGGCACUGUUCUUCCAAUAGGAAGCUCCUUGUGGUCUGCUAAUGGGAAAUAUGAACUGCAAAUGCAACCUGAUAAGAAUUUGGUCCUGUACUGCUACGCUGGUAAUGCUAUUUGGCAUGCCGAUACAUAUGGAAAUGAUGUUGAUGGAGGAUUAAAAUUUACCGAAGAUGGCAGUUUGGAGAUAACUGAAGUAGGCACUGGCAAUUCACUCUGGAAAAAUGGUGUCAGUGGGGGAGAGAUGCUAUUUUUGCAAAAUGAUGGGAAUCUAGUAAUGUACGACAUUCAAGAGAGAAACAUCUGGGAAACAGGAACAGGUCUUGCCUAUUGUGAGAAAGGUUACUGCAUUGGUGACAGGUGUGUUAAGCCAAGUUUACGUGAUGGCUAUGCACUUCUGAAAUUGGGCGAAGAAUUGAUAUCUAAGAAUGGAAAGUAUGAUCUGCGGAUGCAGACUGAUGGAAACUUAGUAGUAUACUGUAAUGGAAAUGCUCUUUGGCAUUCAGAGACCUAUGGAAGAUCAGUGACAGGAGGUCUUAGAUUUCAGGGAGACUCUAACCUUGUUAUUUAUGACCCAAAUCCAAUUUGGCACUCAAGUACGUACGACAAUGGAGCAACGACACUUAUCAUGCAAGAUGAUGGCAACGUAGUUUUGUACACUAGAGAUGGCAGAUCAGUUUGGCACACCGGAACAUUCGGCAUGUGUUGAU